UGGCAGCAGAACAACAUGCCAGUCUGAGGAACAAAACAAGAAAAGUUUGUAAUUGAAACAAAGGCUUGAACAAGCAAAAAGAAACCAAAGAAGCACCUCAGUUUGGGUCAUACGCAACUGUUUUACCUUUCAUCAUAUCAUUAAAACGGAGCUUGGAGGCUACAUCCUGACUCACCCCUGUUCGUCAAUGAAUGAGUUAGGCUGGCUGUCGAAUCAAGUUGGGGAAACACUUGAGGAGGGACAGUACAGUAAAAAGACAAUCUCAGAAGGUGGUUUAUAUCAAUGGAAAAGGUAUGUCGGACAACCUUUCUCAAUACUCUGGCUCAUCAAGAAGGUCCAGAUCGUCAACAUCAGCGGCAGUUAUUGCAUGCGCAAGGGCAGAGGCAGCGAAAGCUCUUGCUGCAUUUGCUGAGAAGGAGAUCGCUAUGAAAGUCGAUAAAGCUAAACUCGAAGCCAAUUUAGAAGCCCUAAGUCUUGAAAAAGAGGCUGCCGCGGCCAUAGCCGAAGCGCUGGAAGCGGCAGAAUUAGCAAAUGAACAAGCAUUAGAACCACCUAAUACCACCCAAGAUCACCACACAGAAAAAACAGUAUCGCCAGAAAGCGUGGACGAGCGCAUACGAGACUAUGUAGACGCCCUACCCGUAACAACAGCAAAGCCCGAAUCCAUCACUGCCACGAAACAGUACAUACCUGUCCCAGUAUCAAACAUAGGAAACGAAUCUCUACCACAGCAUCCCCAGAUGACAUCCAAAAAUCCACACCGUCAUCUUCAAACACAAAGCCCGUGUCUUUCAAUGCCUACACCUGAUCACAGACAACAACCAUAUAGUCAGCAACACAGCCUUUACCCCGUGACGCCCAUGCCCAUUAUCAGCGAGCUGUCCCAUUAUCAACAGCAACAUACCGUAGCCCUCAACAAGUGACUCUUGAACACCAGUACUCUCCAUAUGCACCUGCACCGCCAUGCCCACCUGAUGAACUGUUUAAUAUGGCCAGAUAUUUAGCGCGCAGGGAGAUUGUCAGCACUGGCCUAAAAGAGUUUGAUGAUAGUCCAGAAACAUACAGGGCAUGGAGAUCCUCCUUCCUAAACGCCAUUUAUGACCUAAACCUGUCUGCGAGUGAGGAGUUGGACUUACUGACUAAAUGGCUAGGUAGAGAAUCAUCCAGCUAUGUCAGAAGGCUUAGGGCCGUCCACAUAGGGAAUGCCCACGCAGCUUUACAGAUGGUCUGGGCGCGGCUUAAUGAAGUCUAUUGCUCCCCGGAGGCUAUUGAGCAAGCUCUUCUCACCAAACUUGACAACUUCCCAAAAAUCACUAGCAGAGACUACUCUAAGCUUAGAGACUUGGGAGAUCUUCUCAUAGAGUUGCUCUCUGCAAAAGAAGAUGGGUACCUUCCUGGGCUCACAGUGUUAGAUACAGCACGUGGAAUCAAUCCUAUUGUAGAGAAGCUGCCGUUCGGACUGCAAGAAAAAUGGAUUUAUGAAGGCUCUAAAUUCAAGGCUACACACAAUGUUACAUACCCACCUUUGUCAUAUUUUACUGACUUUGUCUGCUACAAUGCAAAAAUAAGGAACGACCCAUGCUUUGCGCAGUUUAACACCAGCUCCAAUGACAGGCACGAUGACAGGCCUACAACAAAAGUAAAAAGCAAAAUGGCUGUGAUGGUACACAAAACCAACAUUGAGUCUGACACUAACCAUGAAGCUGAAAGCAGUUUGCAAAUUGACGUAGCCAAGCACUGUCCUAUACACAACAAACCACACCCCCUUUCCAAGUGCAGAGGCUUUAGACUGAAAACACUCCAGGAAAGAAAGGCCUACUUAAAGGAGCAGGGCAUAUGCUUUAGGUGCUGUGCCUCAGAUUCCCAUCUAGCAAAACAGUGCAAUGCCAUCUUGAAGUGUGUAGAAUGUGAAAGCAAUAACCACGUCAGUGCUCUGCAUCCAGGUCCACCCCUCUGGUCAACGAAACGCUCGGAGCUGGCUGAAACGGACGGCGGGGAGGGAGAAGAACCAGCGCAACCAUCUGAGGUCAACACCAACUGCACAAAGAUCUGCGGAGAGGGCUGUACAGGCAAGUCAUGUGCAAAGAUCUGCCUCGUCAAUGUCUAUCCACAAGGGAAACCUGAAAUGGCUGUGAGGAUGUAUGCCAUGCUCGACGACCAGAGCAACAGAUCCUUGGCAAGAUCAGAGUUUUUCAAUCUCUUUAACAUCAUCAACAAUGAAGCUCCCUACUCUCUAAAAACCUGUGCCGGCAUAGUGGAGACGUGCGGUAGGAGAGCCACGGCUUCUGCAUUGAAUCAUUUAGUGGUAAUAAUAGCCUCUCACUUCCAACUCUCAUUGAAUGCAACGAAAUACCUGACAACAGAGCUGAGAUACCCACACCAGAGGUCGCCAUGCAACAUCCACACCUUAGGGCCAUCGCAUCAGAAGUCCCACAGCUAGACCCAGAUGCACAGAUCCUGCUGCUGCUAGGCAGAGAUGUGCUUAGAGUGCAUAAAGUUAGACAACACAUCAAUGGCCCUAAUGAUGCUCCCUUCGCCCAGAGGCUGGAUCUGGGCUGGGUCUUGGUUGGCGAGGUAUGCCUUGGAAAUGCACACAAGCCAAAGGUCUACUGCGCAAAGACCCACGUGCUAGAGAAUGGACACCCUUCAGUACUAACUCCAUGCCCCAGUCACAUACAAGUUAAAGAACUGCCAAACACACUUGCAAGUAAUGCCAAAGAAAAGGCAAUGGGAAGACUAGUUUUUCAGGACACAAAAAAUGACAACAGACUCGCUCUGUCCAUGGAAGAUGAGAAAUUUCUCCAAAAUAUGAAUGAACAUGUGUACAAAGAUGAGGCAAAUAGCUGGGUCACACCUCUGCCUUUCAAACAUCCACGGCCUCACCUUCCUAACAACAAAGACCAUGCUCUCAGUCGUCUCUCUUCUUUGCGCCGCACCUUAGAGAAAAAGCCCUCAAUGGAAGAACAAUUUGUGGGUUUCAUGCAAAAAAUACUCAAUAAUGAUCAUGCUGAGCUUGCACCACAACUUCAAGAUGAACAAGAAUGUUGGUACUUACCAUCCUUUGGAGUAUACCACCCUAAGAAGCCCAACCAAAUCAGAAUCGUUUUUGACUCCAGUGCACAACACCACGGUGUGUCUUUGAAUGACGUUCUACUCAGUGGACCAGACUUAAACAACAGCCUGAUGGGAGUCUUGAUCCGUUUCAGGAAAGAGCUGGUGGCCAUAACCGCAGAUAUCCAGAAGAUGUUCCACUGUUUCAUGGUGAGACCAGACCACAGGGACUAUCUCAGGUUCUUAUGGCACCGUGACAACAACCCCACAAAAGACAUAGUAGAAUACCGCAUGAAAGUCCAUGUCUUCGGCAAUAGGCCCUCUCCUGCCGUGGCGAUGUAUUGCCUGAGACGGGCUGCACAAGAGUCUGAACAGGAGUAUGGCAGUGCCGCCAGACGUUUCGUUGAGCGCAAUUUUUAUGUGGAUGAUGGGCUCGCCUCCCUACCCACAGAAGCAGAGGCCAUUCAUCUUCUCCAGACAACACAGACCCUACUGUCUGAGUCCAACCUGCGACUGCACAAGAUUGCCUCCAACAGUGUCAAUGUUUUGAAAGCCUUCCCCAAAGAGGACCAUGCUGAGAAUAUCAAGGAUCUUGAUCUUGAGGGAGACACACCACACAUACAGAGAAGCCUUGGGCUCACCUGGGAAAUCACCUCGGAUACGUUCAGCUUCCAGGUGUCAGACGACGACAAACCAUACACAAGACGUGGCGUACUAUCAACUGUGAAUAGCCUGUAUGAUCCACUUGGUUUCGUAGCCCCUGUGACAAUACAGGGUAAACUUCUACUCUGAGAACUUUCAGCGAACAGCAUCGAAUGGGACUCACCAUUGCCAGAGAACAAGAGGAUUGAGUGGGAGACAUGGCGUCAUUCACUAAAGGCCCUUGAACAACUCCAAAUCCCCCGCACAUACACAACACAGUCACUGUCAAAGGCCAAAAGAAAAAGAGAUCUGUGUAUUUUCAGAUGCUUCCACAAAAGCAAUCGGCGCUGUUGCUUACCUCAAGACCAUGAGUGAGGAUGGAGCCUGCCAGCUUGGGUUCAUUCUAGGAAAGGCAAGGUUAGCUCCUCAAGCAAACCUCACAAUCCCACGACUUGAAUUGUGCGCAGCAGUGCUCGCUGUUGAAAUCGCAGAAUUCAUUUUGGAUGAGAUUGACUUUGAACCAGAUGCCGUAUACUACUUCUGUGAUAGCAAAGUCGUUUUAGGAUACAUCUGCAACGAAACUAAAUGCCUUUAUGUGUAUGUGCAUAACAGAGUACAGCGCAUUAGACAGUCUACCAGUCCAGAGCAGUGGCAUUAUGUGUGCACACAGCACAACCCUGCAGACCUCGCCUCAAGAGCAGUGUCAGCAUCACAACUAGCAAGAACUUCCUGGUUGACAGGACAGUCUUUCUAUGCAAAUGGCAUGACGCAAGCAUGACCACCAGACAUGACCCAUUUCAGCUGAUUGACCCUGACCAUGACACUGAGAUCCGUCCCGAGGCAGCUGUAUACAUCACUCGUCAGUCUGAGACAGCUACAGCCUGAGCGCUUCGAAAGAUUCUCGAAAUGGACCGUACUCCUGAAAGCAGUUGCUUCACUUAUUCAUGUGGCUCAUACUUUCAAGUCUGCCUAUGCCGCGAAAGAUGUGAAAUGCAAAGGAUGGCAUCACUGUGUUCAACCCCCUACAGCCGAAGAGCUGCUGCAGGCAAGCAACAUCAUCAUUCAGUUUGUUCAAAGGGCAGCCUUUCCUGAAUAGCUCAAAGCAUUAUCUCACAAUAGCACGGUGCCUAAGAACAGUCCUCUCACAAAGCUGAAUCCCAUUUUAGAUGAAGAAGGUAUGCUUAGAGUUGGUGGUAGACUAUCCAAUGCUGAGGUGGAAGACCAUGAAAAACGUCCACUCAUCUUACCUGGUGGCCAUCAUAUCUCUCUGCUCCUGAUUCGCCAUCAUCAUGACGGAGUACGUCACCAAGGCCGUCUCUUCACUGAAGGAGCCAUACGUGCUGCAGGAUUGUGGCUAGUAGGUGGGAAGAGACACAUCAAUAAGGUGUUGCACAAAUGCAUCACCUGCAGGAAACUCUGUGGCAAUGCAGAGAAGCAGAAGAUGGCAGACCUCCCUAAAGAGUGAC